CAAUUCCGUCCAUUCAUUAGCGAAUAAUUGAAGAAAUGUGCUAUGGGAAUUGGAUAAAACAAAUAAAGAAUUAAAUGCAAAUGAAAGAUUGAAAUUGAAAUUGCUGGAAUUCUUUUUGAUGAGUGGAGUGACUCGUCUGAUGAAAGAAUGAUUGACUAUUGCAGGAAGAUUCUAAUGAACCUUUCAUUAGAAGCCUUGGGUUUGAUAAAUUUUCUCAGCCUCAUGCAGGGAUUCCUGAUAACGAUAAGGAGCGCCCAAAUCGAGCUGCUGACAGAUGUUGUGCAUGUUUACAUAUUCAUGGCCUUGCUGGGGAAAAAAAAGACUCCCCGCUCAGAUCGAGACCUUGGCGAGAGAAUGGAGGUGCAGCGAGGAGUUAAAAGAUUGAGAUUUUUCGUUGCUGGAGUUCAGUUGUUGCUCUCAAGCUAUUGCACGAGGUGAUAUUAGCUUGAGGGAUGGCCUGGGAUGAGGAUCUGUUCUUCGAGAGUGCGAUGAGACUGACCCUCGAGGCCGCUCAGGUCAUGAGGAGUUCAAUCGUAGCUGAUAAAACAGUCAAGGAGAAGCAGGGAGACUGGGAUCUGGUGACAGAGUACGAUCGAGCGAUAGAGGACAUAAUCGUUGGGAAAUUGAGGCAACAAUUUCCCACGCACAAAUUCAUCGGGGAAGAAUCGACUGGGAAUGACAUUCCAGAGUUGACAGACGACCCGACCUGGAUCAUCGACCCAAUAGACGGAACCAUGAACUUCAUUCACGGCUUCCCUCACACCUGCAUCGUCAUAGGGCUGUCCAUCUCCAAAGAAAUGAGGAUUGGAAUAGUGUACAAUCCCAUUCUGGAGCAGCUCUUCACUGCCAGGAAAGGGAGAGGGGCUUUUUUGAAUGGAAAGCCCAUCAGGACGUCUAGUGUCGACGAUAUUUCGAAAGCUAUGGUUUGUCUGGAGACAGGCUUCCUGAAAGUGAAGAGCCUGCGAAAUAAAAUGUUGGAGAGAAUCAAGAUAGUCUCCACGAAGACCCAAGGCUUGAGAACCCUUGGCUCAGCUGCUAUAACCCUCUGCUACAUCGCCCUCGGGGUGGUCGAGGGCUAUCAGAUAGAGGGACCUGGAAUUUGCACUUGGGAUAUUGCAGCACCGUCCUUGAUUAUUUCCGAAGCCGGGGGAGUUGUUGUCGAUCGCGUAACCGGAAAACGUGUGGACUUGAUGCAUCCACGAGCGAUUGGAGCGUGCAACGAAAAAAUUGCUGUGGAGCUGAUGAGGAUUAUUAAAGAAGCUGAUGGGAGAGCAGAAGCCGAGGGAAAUUGACGAAAUAUUUUUUGUAUUGAGAGAAUAAUCAGUUGAACUAGAAGAUUAAAUAUUCGUGACUGUA